AUGGAGCCGACCAAGGAGACGGCAAUCACUACUGAUGCCGAGGCUGGCAGGUCCGCGCCCUCGGACGUCUCAACUGAUGGCUUGCCUCUCGAGGUGGACUACACGCCGGCCCAAGAAGCGCGUGUUGUCCGCAAGCUAGACUGGAACUUGAUGCCACUGUUUUUUGUCUUUUACAUGCUCGCCUUCCUUGACAGAGGCAACAUUGGUAAUGCAAAGAUUGCUGGCAUGACCGAGGCUCUUGAUCUCGUAGGCAACAAGUACCAAUGGCUCAUCAACAUCUUCUACAUAACCUACAUCGUCUUUGACUUUGGCAUCCUGUUCUGGAAGAUCUUUCCUCCUCACCUUGUAUGCACCGUCGUUGUCUUUGGAUGGGGGCUUCUCGCCACGGUCCAGGCCGGUGUCCAGAACUGGAGUGGCAUGAUGGCGCUGCGUUUCCUCCUUGGUGCCUUUGAGGCAUUCUUCGGUCCUGGCAUCAUUUACCUCUUGUCAUUUUUCUAUCUGCGCCACGAGAUUGGCUUUCGUCUGGGUAUCUUUGUAUCCGCCGCACCUCUGGCCUCGACCUUCUCCGGCGCUCUCGCCUACGGCAUUACCAGCGGACACUCAAAGCUCGCAAACUGGCGACUGCUCUUCCUCGUCGAGGGCCUUCCGACCGUCGCCAUGGCAGCCGUCGCCUUCUUCUUCGUACCCGACUCGCCAGAGAAGGCGCGCUUUCUCAAUGCAGAGGAAAAGUCCAUUGUCCGCUCCCGAGCGGUGCGACAGGUUGGCACCGACGCCAACGCCCGAGUCGGCGGCAUCAAUGUCAAGGAGAUCAUCCCCGUCCUCCUCGACGCCAAGGCCUGGAUCUGUGCGCUCAUGUACUUUUGCGGCAACGUGAGCUACUCGAGUCUUCCCGUAUUCCUGCCCACCAUUAUUGAGGACAUGGGCUACACCUCGAUCAAUGCUCAGGGUUUGUCGGCUCCUCCCUCGUUUGCCGCGUUCCUCUUUGCCUUGAUUACCACGUGGAUCGCAGACAAGACGCAGCAGAGAUGUCUCGUCAUUGUCGCAUCAUCAAUUGUGGGUGGUAUUGGAUUCAUUGUUCUGGCCUGUGUAGACACCGUGGGUGUCCGCUACUUUGCCACCUUCCUAGCCUCGGCUGGUGUGUUUUCGGCUGUUCCCAACGUCCUUGGAGUAACACUGAAUAAUCAGGGAAGCGACUCGCGCCGUGGAUGGUCAGUCGUUCUCAUGAACACUCUUGGUCAGUGUGGGCCAUUCCUAGGCACCAACGUCUUUCCCACCACUCAGUCCCCCAGAUAUACCGAGGGAAUGGCGAUUUGCGCAGCCUUUAUGUUCUUCUGCGCUGUCCUUGCCUUUGCACAGAGAUGUCUCCUCUCCUGGGAGAACUCCAAGCUUGACCGUGAAUUUGGUCCUGUGGUCAAGGGCGAAAAGAACACACGUGGUGGGGAAGACUACGGCUCCCAUUUUAGAUACGUAUUGUAG